GGUCAUACGAAGCGGAAACGGAAUUCUUGACAUACUCAAUUAGAAACAACAACAGUAAAUUUUGAUGAAUUUUGUGUGUUAAUUGUAAUUUAAUUCAGUUAAUUUGAUUUAUCAAAAGUAAAUUAAUAUCUUAUUCUAUUCAAAAUGACUUGUAAACGGAGAAACAAUGGCCGAUCUAAGCAUGGACGAGGACAUGUCAACCCAGUUAGAUGUGACAAUUGUGCUCGAUGUGUUCCAAAGGAUAAAGCUAUUAAAAAAUUCGUAGUUAGAAAUAUUGUCGAAGCUGCUGCUGUUAGAGAUAUAACUGAUGCUUCAGUUUAUGAGACUUAUCCAUUACCUAAAUUGUAUGCAAAGAUUUACUACUGCGUUUCUUGUGCGAUUCACUCUAAAAUUGUUCGAAAUCGAUCCAAAGAAGACAGAAAAAUAAGAACCCCACCACCUCGAUUCACUGGAGCCAAGCCACAAGUGCGAGAAGGUGGCGGAGCACCAAGAGCCGCCAAGUAAAUUUUGCUAAUUAUCACAAUCGUUUUGAGACGAAUGUAACUUCAAUCAUAUAGCGAUUAAAUUUGAAUUGUUAUUUCAAUUUGAAAAAUA